AUGUUCUUGUUGAACACAUGUCAUCAUGUUGUGCUUGUAUCGUUGCGAACUUCUCCCGACAUCAACAAGUUACAGACUCAGUUUAUCUUCACAGUACGUAGUAGUACACAGUCUGAAUUUACUGUUGUAUUUUCUCUGGUGGAAAUUUUGGCAGUAGUGAGACAUGAAAUGGUCGAUUAUAUCAGAAACAAUCUCUCUGUACUGGACUUAAACGCCUGCAACAACCAUGUAGUAGUGAAUGCUUUAAAUCAUUGGUCUCUUCUGCAUGCGAUCAUGAACUGAGUUGAUUUCGACAGUUUCAGCCGCAACUAUGACGAUUUCGACAGGAGUCAAGAUAUACUCAUAUGUUGUCGUCCACAUCUUCUGUGGUGAGCCCAAGAUGCUUUUCCACGAUUUUCGUUGUGCAAGUGUAUGAAAAAUCCAUUCCACACAAACGGACGAGACAACCUCGCCACUUACA